GAAGCACUAGGAGGGCAAGAUUGAAAAGGGCAAUGAUAGUUGUUUGUUGAAGCCACCCUCUGAUCUCUCUCAUGCUCUGUUUGUUGAAUUGAAAAAACAAUAUCCCUCUCUGUUAUUCAAUCUUUUUUCAUAUUCUCUUUCUCCUUUACCUCUCUUCAAACAAUGGUUUUUCUCUUUUCAUUUCCCUUUCCCUUAUCCUUUCCUAUUCUUUGAUUCUUACACUUCCUCAACCUCUCCUUUUCCGUUUUCAUAAUCAUUUUUUCACUCCAAAACCGUUUCAACUUCCAUAUUCCAAUCUUUUCUUCUCUCUUCCUUCAUUUUUCCUUUUCACAUUCAUGCCUCUCUCUUAAUUUAUAUAUUUUCUUUGCAACAACGAACAAACCUUUUUAGAAAAAUAAAAUCAAUUCAGCUUUUCUUAAGCUAUACAUAAUUUAUCAUUCAUCAUGAAAUUUCUUACUUUCUUGGUGGAUUUGUAGUAGCAUCUUUACUUUUACAAUAGAAUUUAAUAAAAUGAAGGAAAAAGUGGAUUCUGAUUCACCUAUUACAGUUCUUGAGGACUAUUUCAAGAGUUCAGAUUCAGAAACAAGUUCUUCCAAAGAACCUACGGUGGAUUCUGAGUCUCAUGAUGAAAUUUCAAAACCUGCUUCAAGGUGGCAUUCAUUUCUUCAAUUGUUGAAAACAAGAUCAAAGAAACAGGUACCUGCAUUGCAUCCUCUUAAUGGACAAAUUUCAAGAAGAAUGAGCAGAAGCAUGAGAGAGAGUGUUCUUCCAAGUUGUCUCAAUCUCACAAAUGCAACUUCAACCCCUUGUAGAUCACCAUGGAAGAUCUUUACUCAUCAUGAUAUACAAGUUGCAACCAAUUCUUUUAGCCAAGAAAAUUUGAUUGGAAAAGGUGGUUAUGCUGAAGUUUACAAAGGGUGUUUGCCUAAUAAUCAAUUAGUAGCAAUCAAAAGGCUAACAAGAGGAACUGCUGAUGAAAUCAUAGGAGAUUUUUUAUCAGAACUUGGUGUAAUGGCGCAUGUAAACCAUCCCAAUACUGCUAAGCUUGUUGGCUAUGGAGUGGAUGGUGGAAUGUAUCUUGUUCUUGAAUUGUCAGAAAAAGGAAGUCUAGCUUCAGUGCUAUAUGGUUCCAAGGAGAAACUACCAUGGUGUAUUAGGCAAAAAAUUGCAUUAGGAACAGCCAAGGGUAUAUUAUAUCUUCAUGAGGGUUGUCAAAAAAGAUUUAUCCAUAGAGAUAUAAAGGCUGCAAAUAUAUUGCUCACGGAGGAUUUUGAGCCUCAGAUUUGUGAUUUCGGGUUAGCAAAAUGGCUGCCAGAGAAUUGGACUCACCAUAACGUUUCAAAAUUUGAAGGAACUUUUGGCUACCUUGCUCCUGAGUACUUGCUUCAUGGCAUAGUAGACGAGAAAACAGAUGUAUUUGCCUUUGGUGUAUUACUAUUAGAAUUAGUUAGUGGACGAAGAGCACUUGAUUAUUCACAACAAAGCCUUGUUUUGUGGGCAAAACCAUUGUUGAAAAAGAAUGAUAUUAUGGAGCUGAUAGAUCAUUCACUAGCAGGUGAAUUUGACUCUAGGCAGAUGAACCUUAUGCUUUUGACAGCGUCUUUAUGCAUACAACAGUCCUCCAUUCGCCGACCCUCUAUAAGACAGGUUGUGCAGCUUCUGAAUGGAAACCUUAGCUGCUUCAAGGACAUGAAGAAAAUCCGAUUGCCAUUCUUUCGAAAAGUCUUUCGAGAAGAGCUCAUUGAUUCUGAAUAGAAAAUGGAACAUAAAUCACAUGAUUAUCAGCAACUGUGCUAAGAAGAAGGUUGUGAUUAAUGAAUGAGUUUCUGCAGCUAGAAAUUGGCUCAUCAAUCACAAUUUUAGCACUUUGGAAUACCCAAAAGAAGCUUAUUCCGGUGUACAUACAUAGAAAUUUUUUUCCACGGUAAUUAGUAGGAAAUCAAAUACUUAGUUAUAUAGAAAGAAAGAAAGAAAUAUUGUGCAUUAUCAAAAAGAGUCUUAACUCACUUGCUAUCUCUCUUCAUCUUUAAAGAUGGACCAGGAAUUUUUUUUCUAUUAGAUUACAAGGGAUAAAUUUUUUCUUAUUAAAUCUAAUAGCAUUCACAUAGCUUUCCACCGUAAAAAACUACAAAACCCAAACAAUUUUAAGAUUUGGAGCUUUUAUUGUGCCGAUUUCUAUCCU